AUGGGUUUAUCCGAUAAAAAAGGGCAUGGAGUGAAGCAACCAAGAAAUCCAUGGUCAGAUGGACCUGAGAACGUAACUCGUGCCCUAUUGCAGCAGGAACAAACUUUACAUACGAAGUUAUCUUCUCCAGUGAAGAAGGAACUUUAUGGUGGCAUGCUCACAGUGAUGGACACGUGCCACCGUCUAUGGUGCCAUCGUUAUUCUACCAGCGCUCAACACGACUUAUCCAUUUGCAACACCAGAUGCACAAGAAACACUUAUUCUAGUUUGAAUCCAACGUACGUAAUUUGUAUGUAUAUUGGGAAGUAUAAAGACAAAAGGGGAUCCUCCUGGUUCAAGGGAGAUGUGAUGGAAAUAAUUGAAGAGGCCCUCGCAUCAGGUGGCGAUCCAAACAUUUCAGAUGCCUUCCUAAUCAAUGGCCAGCCCGGAGAUUUGUAUGAUUGCUCUAAUGAAACAACAUAUCGUUUGUUGGUUGAUUAUGGAAAGACCUAUCUUCUCCGAGUCAUCAAUGCCGUGAUGAACGAAGAACAAUUCUUUGCCCUCGCCAACCACACCCUCACAGUGGUAGCUCAAGAUGCUGCCUACAUAAAACCUAUAACCACCUCCUACAUCAUGAUAACUCCAGGCCAAACCAUGGACAUUUUGGUCACUGCAAACCAGCCUCCCAGCCACUAUUACAUUGCUUCUAAGGCUUUUGUUGACGGUUCCGUUCCAUUCAACAACAGCACCACCACUGCCAUUGUUCAAUACAACGGCAACUACAGCGCCCCGUCCACCACUCCCUUCCCGACUCUUCCCGAUUACGAUAACCAAACGGCUGCUGACAACUUCACUAGCCAAAUAAGGGCAUUGGCAAGCAAAGAACACCCUAUUAGUGUCCCAUUAGAAAUCCAUUCAAAGAUCGUUAUCUCUAUUGCCAUAAAUGAAAGAAUUUGUCCCAACUCUAAUUGUAGUGGCCCACAUAACAACGCGAUUUCUGCAAGUUUAAACAACAUCAGUUUCGAGCUCCCAUCUACUGACAUAUUGCAAGCAUACUAUCGGGGAAAUAACAACGGAGUUUAUAGUACUAGUUUCCCGAAUAAGCCACCUUAUUAUUUCAACUUCACCGGAGACGUUGGUAACAACACACUAUACCCGAACUUUGGGACGAGAGUGAGGAUGAUCAAAUAUGGUGCAGGAGUUGAGAUAGUCUUCCAAGGGACCAACAUCAUUGCACCUGAGAACCAUCCAAUGCAUCUCCAUGGUUUCAGCUUCUAUGUGGUUGGAACUGGUUAUGGGAACUUCAACAGUACGACGUCGCCUAAGACCUACAAUUUGGUUGAUCCACCAGAAGUAAACACUAUUGGAGUUCCAAAGAAUGGAUGGACUGCCAUCAGAUUUGUAGCUGACAAUCCUGGAGUAUGGUUUAUGCACUGUCAUUUGGAAAGGCAUUCCAGCUGGGGAAUGGACACUGUGCUCAUUGUGAGGAAUGGAAACACUACUGAAAGCAAGAUUCGCCCACCACCUGCUUAUAUGCCUCCUUGUUCCAAGUCUUAG